AUGGGUGCCUGUUUCUCGUGCCUGCAUAGGCAGGAGAGGACUGAGUCCGAGUCCUCGCGUUUGCUAGAUGAAGAUAUAUACCAGGCCGGGUUCAACUACGGGACCGUCCAGGGGCCUCCGCCUGGGCCAGAACUCGAGACGCUGAAGCGUGAGCGGGAGGCUCUCGAGGCCAUCUGCCAGCGAGCGUCAGAUUCUGUCGUUGAUAUCUGGGCCAUCCAGUCUCAACCCUUCGUGCCCUCGGCGCAGAGCAGUGCUCAAGCAUCCCGGAUCCCAAGUUCAGAAGCAACCAUCACCCAGGCUACCUUCAAAGCCGACACAUACAACUCCACUCAGUCCCCUCCCAGAGCAUCUCAAAGGUCUCAAUCUUCCCGCCAGUCUUCGUCUCCUAUGCCUGGCGAAUUCGCGGGGAUGAGAUACGUAUCAUGCCGAAACCCGGACUACCCGCAUAACGUCAACCUGUCUGCCGUGCCCAAGCACUGGGGAGAGGUCGUGAUGAGCACAAGAAAGGGGAAGAAGACCAGACCCGCCUUGAACCUGGACGAUAAUCAGAAGGACGAGGUAGACGUCUUUGGUGUGUUGAAAGUCAAAUGA